AUGUUCAAAUUGGUGGUGUUGUCCGCUCUCCUCGCUGCUGCGGUGGCUUCCCCUGGUGCCAUCAUCGCACCGUUCGCCCCGUUGACUUACACGUCGACCGUGGUCUCGCCAGCGACCACAACUAUUUCAAAACAGGCCAGCAGUGUCAUCCACCCAUCUCCUCUCUACUCUUCGCAAUGGGCGUACCCAUACGCGCACUUCAUUAAGAAGCGGUCAGCACCUUUCGUGGUCAGCCCCUACUUCACCCGGUCGUACGUCGCUCCCCUUCCAUACACAGCGCCCAUCAGCACGAUUGCUGCAGCUCCAUUGGCGACUACAUACACGACACCCUUCAUCCGGACGUCACCGAUCUUCACUACAGCGCAUUUGAUCAAGAAACGCUCUGCGCCCCUGUUCGUGCCAUCCACGUACUCCUACAUCGCCCCUAGCUACGUCCAUGCUCCAGUCGUAUCCACGUACGCUACCCCCAUUGUGUCGACUCCCGUGAUCUCCCACGCUCCUCUUGCUUACUCUCACUUAAUCAAGAAGCGGUCUGUCGCUCUCCCUUACUUCGCUCCGGCUGCUUACUCCCACUCGUCCAGAGUUGAUUUCCGGACGACCCCCGCUGUAUCAACUUACACCACCUACUCCGCUCCUCUCACUUACUCCAGCCCAAUCUUCACGCACGUUUUGUAA